AUGCUAAAUGUAUCACCUGGAAUGCUAGGGGCAUCGCCUGAAAUGCUUGAGGCAUCGCCCUGGAUGUUUGGGACAUCACCUGAGAUGCUAGGGGCAACACCAGGGAUGCUUGGGACAUCACCUAGAAUGCUUGGGUCAUCGCCUGGGAUGCUAGGAGCAUCACCCGGGAUGCUAGGGGCAACCCAAGGAAUGAUUGGGAAAUCACCUGGAAUGCCUGGGGCAACACAUGGAAUGCUCGGAUCAUCACCUGGGAUGCUAGCAGCAUCACCUGGGAUGCUUGGGACAUCACCUGGGUAG